UAUUUGAGUAAAUGGUUUGCUUAUUUCUAUUGGUGUGUGUUGUGUGAGUGGAUACUGGGGUUAGUGUUUGAUAAUAAUUCCUAUUAAGGGGUGCAUGUGUAUUUAGAUGUCGCUUACACAGGUGGAGGCACCGCAUUAAAGAAACAGUACCCAUAUUUCUCUAACAGACAAAUUAUAAUUUAAAUAAGUUUGGGGAACCUAGGCCUCGUCACUUGCAGUGAGUUAGGCGUUGUGUACUCCAGACACUAACUGGGGUGUGAGGGGCGUUACAUAAGAAACACUUUCCAAUAAAAUCACACACAGAUUGAACACAAUUUACUGACAUCCCCACAAGACACGCUCAUCAGCAAAAACCGCGGACACUGUUUAGCGUUUCCCUUUUAAGUGCUGGUUUGGGUAAACGUUGCCCCUUUAAAUGAGUUUGGAGGCCCUCGCCCUUUUUAAACCCUGCAUUGAUGCACAAUGGGAUGGCAUCUUUUCCUGCGGGGAGGUUUCCCUCUGUUGCUCCUGGCUGAAGGUUUGCUGCGGGAUAUGUAAAAGUGUUCAGGUUGGCUUGUUUAUUGUAAAACUACAUAGAGUUAGAAAGCGUAAUGCUUUUUACUAGCUUUUGUGACCAGUUUUAAAACAUUUCUCUGCUGCGCGAUCCCUGGUUUUCCUUUCUCUCGUGUUCUACUGGAUCCCCUGCAGACCAGCCGGGAGAUCAAGCGGAUUGAUUAUUAUUAUUAUUAUUAUUAUUAUUGGAUGGUUCAAGAAGAGCAUCUCCUAUUGCGCUCUGUCUAUUAGUCUCCUGGGUUACCGGCGCUUCUUAGGUGCUUAUUGAGUGUUUCAUUCGUGUGUAUUCUUGUGCGUGGAACAGAAAUUAAACUGUUUGCAACCAGCGAGCCCAGCAAUCCUAUUACUGCUGUCAAACUGCCUUCCUGCAAUCUACUUUAUACACUUAAAGGGUCUUUGGUAGAAACCUGUUCUUAUUCUGGGGGUGCCGGGUUGGCCUGGUGCUCAAAGGUUGAUUGUUACAGUGUAGCGUUACAAGCGAUCCUUUUAGUGAUAGUAGUGAAUGCAUGUGUGUAUUUUAAACUGUAAAUGUUAUUGUACUGUAGUCUUUGCUUGGCAUAUAUAAUGUGUGUGUGUGUAUAUAUAUAAUUUCCUACAAUAGUAUGUUUUCUUAACUAUCAACAUCGCUUGACCCGCUUGUAUUUCCAUUUUAUUUGUCACUGUAAAUUAUAAAUUAUUCUCUAUUGAUUUAUCAAAUUACAAACCAAGAUGAAUCCCCCUUCUCAAAACACUGAGAUGUAUUCUCAUCAAAUUACCAGUAAAAUACAAAUAUAUGAUUGGUUUAAAAGGGUAGCCAGUUAAAGUUCAAAAUACUGCAUUCUGAUUGGCUAUUUGAGUGGUGCCACUUAUAAUAUUGACUACUUCCACCACAUAGGGAGCACAGAGUUGCUGCUGAACCUCUGUUAACUUUACCUGCAACACAAGUUCAGUUCUCACUUCCUCAAUACUAAGACACUCUGCUAGUAAGAUUUUGUGAAUCCCUUAACUGUCUUUUGAUUUGAUCAAUUUUACUCAUUUUUCAUUAUUAUUUUUGCUGCAGCUACUCGGCAGAACCCCCGUGUCUGAUGCCAGGGAUCGUGUGAAGAUGGAAUCCGUCCCCAUUAAAGAGGAGCUCCCUGAGCUUGAACUGGUCCCCAUUAGACUGGUUUUCUCCGGAUUGCCUUCCCUCCCCAUGAAACAGGAGAUGCCAUGUGACAGCAUCAAGACAGAGGUGUCUGGUAUUAAAGAUGAGAGCAAUGAACUGGAGAUCCCCCAGACAGCAGGACCAGGUCCCAUUAAAGAAGAGCAGCCACUAAGCAGAACCAUGUGUGAUGCCAUGGAUAGUGUGAAGACUGAAUCUGACCCAAUUAAAGAGGAGCUCCCUGAACUUGAAGUGGUCCCCAUUACACAAUUAUCUGCACUGGCUUCCCUCCCCAUUAAACAGGAGCUCUGUGAGAUCAUGCCAUGCAGCGGCAUCAAGCCAGAGGUGUGUGCUGGGAUUAAAUCUGAACCCAGUGAAUUGGAGCUCUGCCAGACAGAAGAACCAGUUUCCUUGAAAGCAGCUCCCCCUGCGCUGGGUCCUGUACGCCUGCGGGCGUGUAGUGUGGUGCUGAAGAGAAUCUGCCUGAGAGUGCAGGGCGCUGGAGUGGGAGCCAGCUCUCCCAACGGCAUGCGAGGAUGUGGAAAGGAAGACGGGGGGAGCUCCCAUUCAGAGUGCAGUCCAGCAGAUUCCAGAAGAGCAGCUAAAGCAGUUGCGAGCAGUGACUAUGGGAAUGGUGUCACCAAGUCAGGAGGUUUUAGAAUACUCCAGCAAACGCGCAGAGGAAAGAAAUUGUAUCUCUGCUCUGACCGUGGGAAGAAGUUAAGUCAUUCAGCAACCCUUGUAAUACACCAGCGAAUUCAUACAGGAGAAAAAACGUAUUGCUGCUCUGAUUGCGGGAAGGUUUUCAGUUCGUCAGGAUACCUUGUUGUACACAAACGACUUCACACAGGGGAGAAACCAUAUCACUGUUCUGAUUGUGGGAAGAGGUUUAAUCAGUCAGGACACCUUAAAAGACACCAGCGAACUCACACAGGAGUGAAACCGUAUCACUGUUCUGAUUGCGGGAAGGGUUUCAAUUUGUCCAGAUGCCUUGUUGCACACAAACGACUUCACACAGGAGAGAAACCGUAUCACUGUUCUGAUUGUGGGAAGGGUUUCAGUUCGUCAGGAUACCUUGUUGUACACAAACGAAUUCACACAGAGGAGAAACCAUAUCGCUGUUCUGAUUGUGGGAAGGGUUUCAGUUCGUCAGGACGUCUUGUUGUACACAAACGAAUUCACACAGGAGAGAAACCAUAUCACUGUUCCGAUUGUGGGAUGAGGUUUAAUCAGUCAGGACACCUUAAACCACACCAGCGAACUCACACAGGAGUGAAACUGUAUCACUGUUCUGACUGCGGGAAGAGUUACAGUGAUUCAAGGUCCUUUGAAAAACACCAGCGAAUUCACUCAUGAUAAAAAUGCAUUGCUGCUCUGACUGUGGGAAGAGUUUCUAUGAGUCACGGCACCUUGUAAUUCACGAGUGAAUUCAUGUGAGAGAGAAACCAAAACAAGAACCUUAAUUUCAGUGAUGUUCUGCAUGAAAUAACUUUUCGUUGGUUUUGCUCAGAAGAGCCAGCUUCUGUUUUAUUAUUGCAGAGCUGACUAGUGUGGGUGCCUGAGCUGAGGAGACAGACCCUGCCAGAAAUCUUUAACCCUUUCAGUAGUAUGAACGUACCGGUACGUCAUUGAAUUAAUGGUCCCCAGGGAGUAUGAAUAUACUGGUACGUUCUGCAAAUUUUGAGCUUUGAAUUUGAACUUUGAACUUGAAUUAGUGAGUCUACAAAACUGCUGAUAAUCUGAUAUUUUAACGCUGGGUGUCUGUAACACCUUUUAGUGGUCUCUUGCACCAUCUGCCAGUUACUGAUGGACUUAAACACAACAAAACCCAGUCACAAAAUCUCAACAAUGUCUGGAAAACGGCGAGAAAUGCUCUGUGGGAAAGAAGUACUAGAAAUUAUAUUGAAUUCAGAAUUACAUUCUAAUACUGAAUCGGGUCUUAGUGGAAAAUAUAAGUGAAGAAUAUUUACUUUUGAGUGGACCAAGCUCAGACAAUGUGACAAGGAUCACUGAGCUUUUUAGUAAGUUAAUUUUGUUCAUUUUUGUAAUUAAUUUUCAAAAGAGAAAAUAUUAAUGACUAUUGUCAGAAUUGCAGUUAUUUUUAAAGCAUAUACAAUGCAGUGUUUAAACCAUUGUUAGCAAUAAAUGUUAACAAUAAAUAUUAUACAUAAACUCAUCAGUACUAUAAAUAUAAAAUGAGGUGCCUAUUCCAUUAGGAAUGCAUUUUAAAGUAGCCCUGGGGUAUUAUUACUGAACCAUUGGCAUUUCAGAAAGGUUUUUUUUUUGUAAUGGGGUAUACUUAGUUAAGUAGUGUAAUUGAUUCAUUUGUACUUGAGAAAAUAAAUAUUCUGGCAUAAAUUAAUUAUAUAUUUUAUUAUCAUCAGCGGUGUUCACAGUUCUUUCUGUAUACAGGCGUUGCAUUUGAAUCACAGCCCUAUACAGUCCUGCUGUCUAUAGAGGGAGUUUUGGGGUGUAACACCCUAAUGCAGAGAUAAGCUUUCAGGGGGGAGAAAUUAGGUUAAAUUGGGUGAAGAAAAUGGUAACCGAAUGGUCUACAUGAUGUUGAACUUAUAAAUGGGAGUUUGAAUUCUCACUUUUUUCAUACAAUAUUUCUAAUGUCUGUGAUAUGGGAUUUGGAAUUGUCACUGAAAUGCAUCUUUUCUACAUACAGUAUUCUAUAUUAACACACACACACACACACACUUCUUGCUUGUACCUCAUGUGGUUUGGAAAUCUCAAACUUAAAUUAAUAAUAAAACCUGCUGCAAUUCACACAAAUGA